AUGUCACAACACUCACUCACCGAUCAACACGGAUUGACCAACCCACCAGCUAAUAUUCCGCAAUCAACCAAUUCACUUCCAUCCUCAUCAUCAAAUGUUAUUAGAAAUUUCAUCGGUGGUCAAUUCAUCAAUGAAGAAUAUAUUAAUGAAUGGAUUGUUAAUAAAAAUCCAGCAACUAACGAAGUAAUUUCGUACGUUCCUUGUUCGAAAGAAGAAACCAUUCAAAAGGCUGUGGAUGCAUCUGUUCAAUGUUGGAAAUCAAAAUCAUGGAGAGGAUUAUCGGAGGAAGACCGUGCUAAAUAUUUGGAUUUAAUUGCUGAUCAAAUUGAAAAGAGAAUUGAUGAAUUUGCAUUGGCAGAAAGUAGGGAUACUGGUAAACCAAUUACAUUGGCAAAGAAUAUGGAUGUUGCUAGAGCAGUUUCGAAUUUUAGAUUCUUUGCUCAAGCUGUUCGUCAACAGUCAACCAAAGCCCAUUUAAUGUCAAACAAGACAAUUAAUUAUACAACUAGAAGACCUGCUGGUAUUGUUGGUAUUAUUGUUCCUUGGAAUUUGCCAAUUUACUUGUUGAGUUGGAAAGUAGCUCCUGCUUUGGCUUGUGGUAAUUGUGUUAUUGCAAAGAGUUCAGAAUUGACACCAAUGACAGCUCAUUUGCUGGCUGAAGUUAUUGAACAAGUUAAAUUGCCAAGUGGUGCAUUCAAUUUAGUUCAUGGUUAUGGAAAGGAUUGUGGUAGUGCCAUUGUUGCUCAUCCAAAGAUUAAUGUCAUUACUUUCACUGGUGGUACUGCCACUGGAAGAGUUGUUUCUCAAAUGGCAGCCAAACAUUUCAAGAAGGUUAGUUUGGAAUUGGGAGGAAAGAAUCCAAUGGUUGUUUUUGGAGAUUAUGACGUUACAAAGGCAGCAGAACUUGCAGCAAGAUCAGGUUUCUUAAAUCAAGGACAGAUUUGCUUGUGUACCUCUCGUAUCAUUGUUCACGAAUCUAUUCAUGAUGAAUUUGUUGAAAAGUUAAAACAACUCCUUGAAAAGAAUACCAAGAUUGGAAAUCCACUCGAGAAUACUACCACUUUUGGAACUCAAAUCUCAGAAGAACAUUUAAUCAAAAUUGAUUAUUAUGCUCAAUUGGCAAAACUUGAGGGAGGAACCAUUGUUACUGGAGGUAAGAGGGCUGAAUUACAAGAUGAAUCAGUCAAGAAUGGCGCCUUCUAUACACCAACAAUUAUUACUGGACUCGAUUUUAAGAGUAGAACUGCCACUGAAGAAAUCUUUGGACCUGUUGUAACUGUACACAAAUUCUCAACUGAGGAACAAGCUUUGGAAAUGGCCAAUCAUGUAGAAUAUGGGUUGUGUGCUGUUGUUCUCACAAAUAAUUUAUCAAUUGGCCAUCGUUUUAGUGAUGAAUUGGAAUCAGGAAUUGUUUGGGUCAAUACAUGGCUUUUAAGAGAUUUGAGAACUCCAUUUGGUGGUAUGAAACAAUCAGGAGUUGGACGUGAAGGAGGUGACUAUAGUUUGGAAUUUUACAGUGAGGAUAAGAAUAUCUGUAUCAAUUUGUAAUACAGUCAAGCCAUCUCAUUAAAAAAUCAAUUCACAUU